GGCAGCCGCCGUGGGAACCAGCCCGGCACAUUCUUUCGGAGCUGGACGCGGUGAAACCAGAGAGGAGGGCGGCUGGCGGAGCGUGUCGCAACGGAGCGCCUUCCCGACAGGCUCCAGACAGUGGCUUUGGGAUACACGCAUCAGCCUUGGAAACAUCGCGGGGGGACAGCAGGCGCGGCUGGGGACCGGGGGAGACCGCGCUCCCUCGCCCGUGCACGGGGGGUGAGCUGGGGCUGGAGGUGCUCCAGGAGGGCCCACAGAGGCAGAGCCGGUUCCCCUGCCGCCGGUGCCACAUCCCUCUGUCCCCAGAACAGUUCCCAGCUGGCCCGGAGGAGCAGCAUGAGCACUGGUUCCUCCCCGAUCUCUGCUCCCGGCUCUGAGUGGGUCAGAACUUGUCCAGCCCCACGUGCUGCGAUGUCGGCUGGUUUCCAGCCUGCACUGGCCUUGCUGUCAUGUCCCGGCUCACAGGGAGCCGCUGCUCAUGGUCCCAUCCUGGGGUCCUCGCUCAGGUGCUCACAGGUCCUUCAAGCUGCAGGAUUCCCUGCGGGAGAGGGACUGGAGCUGCUGCACCAGGAGCUGUGGCUCAUCCCCCGUGCUCACCUGCCUGGGGCUGACCCCCUGCCCGGAGCCGGGACCCACGCCUCAGCCUGCCCCCCAUCCUUAGGGUACCCAGCACCCUGCUCCUCUAGCAGCUGCCGAGAGACUCAGUUUCCCACCUGGAAUGCUGCUGACGGGUGGGAUGGCAGAGCUGGGGGUACCCUGAUUCUCCGGCGGGAGCAUCCCGCGCGUCCAGAGGCGGGGCCGAGCAGGCACGGCCCAGGUUCUGUCUCCCUUGGAACGAGCUGGCCUGGUCCUGGCAGCGCUGGGCUUCGCUGGGGGCUUGUCCUGCGUGGGGUUCGUGCCUUUGGGGCAGCGUUUGUGCCUGGGAUGCUCAGCCAUAGUGAGGUGGCAUUCUGGGUGUCACCUUUAGAGGGCUUGGGAACGCCUCUGUCGGCCUGGCGGUGGGGGCAGCACCUCGCCGGGAUGUCCCCUUCCUUUCCCUGCAGAAGCAGUCCGGGAAAACACCUCCCGUGGGAAUGUGGUAUCCGUGGAACGAUGCUCGGGGGCAGCCGGUGGCUUUCCUAGGUCAGGCUUUGCCCGCUGCCCCCGUGUCCCCCACCGCCGCAUCCCUCGGGCUGUCACCGCGCGGGGACGGUGCGAUGCAAAGUGACAGGCGGGGACGAGGCGGCGUGUGCGGCUCUCGCUGGGGCUGACAGCCCGGGUGUGAGGCCGGCUUGCACUCAGCCGCGUGUGUAAUCUGCUUACGGGGGCACCAGCGCAGCCCCGGGCUCUCCCUGCCGUAAAUCUCUGCUCCUGCCUGGAGUGCGGGCUGGGACGCUUGGAAAGCAGCCGAGAGCCCCUGAGCUGCCCUGAUGCAUCUCGACACACAUCAAGGUGAAUCACCAUCCCUGGUGACCCCGAAGUGACAGCUGGGGAACCCUGACUGCCACCCACGGCUCCUCCUUGGGGAGCUGUCAACCCUUUGCUUCCCAGGAUGAGCCAGGAAAGCCGAGCAGGAAUGCUGGAGCCUGUGGUGGGAGCGUCCCAGCCCAGGGCUGGGUCCUUCCUGGCCAGGCCCGGCUCGAGCAAGAGCUUGGAGCCACGUGGGGAAGCUUUAAUUGUCGGGUGCAAAAGUGUGGAGAAAUUAGGUUUCUGACCUCAAAGAGGCUGUGGAGCCCUGCUGGGGAAUGCUCCAGGUGGGCAGCAGGAGUGGACAUGGUGUGCGCUGGGAUGGAGGGGCAUUUUUUCCCGGGAGAGAGGGACUUUUGUCCCAGGAUGGAGUGGGUUUUUGUCCUGGGACAGAGGUGUUUCCAAGGACUGAGUGUCCUCCUGGGCUGCAGCCAAUCUGUGUGCUCAGCCAAGGGGUGCUGGUGGUGCCGGUGCUGCUGAUGGUGGUCCUGCAGCCCACCCAGGAUCUCCCUUAGCCGAUGAUGGCUGCUCCUUGAAAUCUCCCCAGUCAGGCAGGAGCUGGCUUUGUCUCUCCCCGGGGGUUCCUCUCCCCUCCCGUGCCGCUCUCAGGGGCCGUGCCUGGCUCCUGGGUGCCGCGGGCGCCCGGCGCGGAGCCUGCCCAGGGUGGAGUUAUGCUAAUACUGCUCCCCAGCCCUCGGCGCAGCCGGGGCCACUCGGCAUCUUCUGCUGGCCACGGGCGACACCGGCUGCGCCAUGGCCACCUGCCCCGAGCUGCAGCCCGGGCAAGAGAUAAAGCGUUUCCUGAAGGAGGACUCGGACGAGGCUGAGCUGACCCAGUUCCUGCGGGAUUGCCCACCAGCUGACAGCUCCAGGAAGGUGGAGGCCCCGGAGGGCCGGCGGGAGCCCCUCGGCAGCGUGGCCAGGGUGCCCCCAGACGAAGCCAGCGAUGAGAGGGACGCCAGGAUCUUCUCCCGCUCUCGGCCCCCGGAUUUCCAGCAGCACAUCGCCGCCCCCCCGCCCCCCAGCCCCAACCGCCCGCGGAGCCCCUGGGGGCAGCUGGACCCCUACGACUCCUCCGAGGAUGACAAGGAGUACGUGGGCUUUGCCACGCUGCCCAACCAGGUGCAUCGCAAGUCGGUGAAGAAAGGCUUCGACUUCACCCUCAUGGUGGCAGGGGAAUCUGGGCUGGGCAAGUCCACCCUGGUCAACAGCCUCUUCCUGACGGACAUGUACAGGGACCGCAAGCUGCUCAACGCCGAAGAGCGCAUCACGCAGACAGUGGAGAUCACCAAGCACGUGGUGGACAUCGAGGAGAAGGGGGUCAAGCUGCGCCUGACCAUCGUGGACACACCGGGCUUUGGGGACGCUGUCAACAACACUGAGUGCUGGAAGCCCGUGGCCGACUACAUCGACCAGCAGUUCGAGCAGUAUUUCCGUGACGAAAGUGGCCUCAACCGGAAAAACAUCCAGGACAACCGAGUGCACUGUUGCAUCUACUUCAUUUCGCCCUUCGGCCACGGGCUCCGGCCCCUGGACGUGGAGUUCAUGAGAGCUCUGCACCAGCGUGUGAACAUCGUGCCUGUGCUGGCCAAGGCUGACACCCUGACUCCUGCCGAGGUGGAGCGCAUGAAGAACAAGAUCCGGGAGGAGAUUGACCACUAUGGCAUCCGCAUCUACCAAUUCCCUGAGUGUGACUCAGACGAGGAUGAGGAGUUCAAGCUGCAGGACCAGGCACUGAAGGAGAGCAUCCCCUUUGCCGUCAUCGGCAGCAACACGGUGGUGGAGGCCAAGGGCCGGCGCGUCCGCGGGCGCCUCUACCCCUGGGGCAUCGUGGAAGUGGAGAACCCGUCCCACUGCGACUUCGUGAAGCUGCGCACGAUGCUGGUGAGGACGCACAUGCAGGACCUCAAGGACGUGACGCGGGAGACGCACUACGAGAACUACCGCACGCAGUGCAUCCAGAGCAUGACCCGCAUGGUGGUCAAGGAGCGCAACCGCAACAAGCUGACCCGGGAGAGCGGGACAGACUUCCCCAUCCCCGUGAUCCCCCCGGUGCCAGAUGUGGAGACGGAGAAGCUCAUCCGGGAGAAGGAUGAGGAGCUGCGGCGGAUGCAGGAGAUGCUCCAGAAAAUCCAGAAGCAGAUGAAGGACUCGCACUAGCCCGUCCCUCCUCCUGCCCCGCUCCUCCUCCUCCUCCUGCUCCUGGCCCCAGAUCAGAAAUGUUUACAUCACGCUCCACCUGCCCGGCCCCGCUGCCAGACUCGGUACCAACACUCACCCACCACCCUGAGCUGCGGCAUCGCCUUAUCCAAGCGCCCAGCGCCCGUGGGGGCACGAGGGGACGGCGAGGGGACAGUGAGGGACAGGGCACCCAACCCGGGGUCCCCUGCUCCAGUCCCUUCCACCUCACUGGGGACAUCUUGGUCCCCCAAGUUUUGGUUUCCCGUUUCUCCACAGCUCUGGGGAGGGCCCUGGCCAGCCUGGUCCCCACAGCGUGUCCCUUGUCCCUGUGUCACCCCGGGCUCUCAGCUUACAGCCUUUAUGUUCAGCUUGGCCCUGGCCUAAGGGAAGAGGAAAGGGGGGCACUGGUGGCAGCCCCCCAAAGGCCCCAGCUGCCCCGCUGUGGGGAACAGGGCUGUUCCCCUGGCCUUGGCUGGCGUGGAGGGACAGCAGCUCCUGGGGACCACAGGGGACAGAGGGGUCAGAGGGACAGCUGCCAUGCCAACACCAGUGCAGGGGACUGAAGCUUGUCGGUGUCCAGCCCUGUGUCCUCACCCUGUCCCCACUGAGUGACAGCAGGGCUGUGGCACGGAGAGCAUUGGGGAAUCAAUGGCCCCAGGGAAAAGUCCCUUGAGUCCCAAAUCAGAGGCUGGGCACCCCCAGCUGCCAUGAUGUUGGCCCUGUAAAGCAAUAAUGAGUGUCCUGUGCCCAUGGCACCUCUCACCCCAUGGCAACAGCACCGGCCCUGCCUGGAAUUUCGGCCCCAGCUGCCACUUGCUUGUCUGUGGUGUCUCUGUGUGCCCAGGAUGUCCCUGUCCCUGCUGCUUCUUGGCACAGCAGCCCUGUGUAUUCUCCAAGGAUAUCCCCAUCCAUGUUGCUUCACAGCGAAGCACUGCUGCGUGUCCCCGUGUCCCCCGUGGUGUCCCCAUGUUCUCCACCACGUCCUGGUUGGUGUUGUUGCCCUACAGAGCACUGCAGCUUGUCCCCCCAGCUUGUCCCCCCAGACUGUCCCCAUCCGUGUUGCUUUCCCACAGAGCUAUGUCGCAUCCCUGUGUCCCCCUGGGAUGUCCCCAGCCAUGUCACCACCCUGCAGGGCUCUGUGUAGUGUCCCUGUGUCCCCAAGGAUGUCCCCAGCUGUGUUGCUCCCUGCAAAGCCCCACUGUGUGUCCCCAGGGUGAGCCCUGGCCACCUCUCACAGCAUCCCUGGGGAGAUGGAUCCAAACCCCCUCCUGGGUAUGGGAAAGCCCACAGGGGAUGGUGAGGAUGCAGGCAGGACUGGGAACAGUGGGAUCACUGGAAUGGUGGGAUCAGUGGGAUCACUGGGAACUUGCUGGUGUGGAGAUGUGUCCUGUGCCCAUCAAGGCCCCCAAGCUGGGGUCCCCCAGGUGGGAUGUGGCUGGUGGGGGCUGUGCCCAGCUGAGGCUCGGGGGUGGGGGCUGCAGGGUGCCAGGGCAACAUCUGGCCUGCGUCCCCCAUGUCCCUGUGCCAGCGGGGGGCCCCAAGGCCCCCAUGGGCAGGGCCUCCUUGGGCAGGGCCCCGCAGGGAAUAUUUAGCGCUUUCCUUUUUUUAAUCUUGCUAUUUUCUUACAGAAGCCCCUCCCCUGGCAUGACGGUCCUAGAGGCGUUUAUUAACGGAUCAGAGAGUAUAGGUUUAUAAAUUCUUAUAGAGUAGUGGAAAUAUUUUUAUCCCUCCACAAUUGUUCUCAAUAAAUAUGGCUGACCUGGCUUGUCUGCAA